AUGUCUGGUUUGCAAGAAAACACCAAAAUCUACACCUUGAAUGAUGGCAACAAGAUCCCAGCCGUGGGCCUUGGAACAUGGAGGGCCACCUCCGAGGACAACAUUGCCGAUGUUGUGGCCAGUGCCAUCAAAAACGGCUACAGACACAUCGACACUGCCGCAAUCUAUGGCAACGAGGAAGAUGUCGGAAAAGGAAUCAAGGCGUCGGGUGUCCCAAGAGAGGAGAUUUUUGUGACCACCAAGUUGUGGAACUCAGACCACAAGAACGUCAGAAAGGCGUUUGAGGAGUCCUUGAGGAAGUUGCAAUUGGACUACGUCGACUUGUACUUGAUUCACUGGCCCAUUGACGGCAGCUUUGGUGACAAGAACGCCAAGAUCAGCGACUCCGUCGAGACAUAUUUGGAGUUGCAGAAGUUGAAGCAGGAAGGCAAGGCCAAGUCGAUUGGUGUUUCCAACUUCUCGAAGGGGAAGAUCGAAAGUCUCUUGGCGCACCCAGAGGUCACGAUCAAGCCCGCCGUCAACCAGAUCGAGGCCCACCCAUUGUUGCCACAAUAUGAAUUGUACGACUACUUGAAAAAGAACGACAUCUACAUCGAGGCCUAUUCUCCAUUGGGCUCCGCCGACAGCCCCUUGUUGAAGGAGAAGAACAUUGUGAAGAUCGCCGAAAAGAACAACGUGGAGCCAGCCCAAGUCUUGAUUUCCUGGGCCAUCCAAAGAGGCACCGUCGUGUUGCCAAAGUCUGUCAAAGCCGCGCGUCUUUUGUCCAACAAGAAAACCUUCCAGUUGAGCGACGAGGACUUUGAAGUCUUGAACCAAUUGGCUGCCGUUGAAGGCGUGCAAAGACUCAUCGACCCAUUGCCCGUUCUCUUUGAGGAUUAA